AGGAAAGCAAAAGAAUACUCUAGCAUCUACUUAAGUUAUGAAGUUGUGGAUUUUAUAACAAUGGUUGCUUUUAUAAUGUCGUGUUAAAUUUGUAUUUCGUAAUUGUAAAAGUUCUUGAUUUAUGGACGAUCCGAUUAACAGGUUAGAAGAGCAGUUAAUCGGUAGGUUCGAUUCAUAGGACUCGUUGAAUUAAUCGUUCUGUACUUUAGCGUUUGUUUGUACUUGCAGGUUAUUGCGCCGGAUGGAGGACGCUGGAAUUUCAGGGAAACGGCGCCGAAAUUUCGACGACAGCGAGGGGUGAUCUAUCGUAUGGAGAUGCCCGAAUGCAAAGCGGAAGGAUGACGCCGACGUUAAAGCAAGAGACAAUGAAACACGGGGACACGAUCACGCUCGAAAAGAUACAAACGAAAAUCAAGUUCCUCGAGGACAGCAAUAUAGUUAUGCAGACGCGCAAUCAGAAUCUUAUCACCGAGAACAAAGCCCUCGCGUCUCAACUCAAAGAGGAACGGGACGAAGUGAAAAGGCUAGAGAAGAGGCUGACGUUGCUGCGAGAGGAACUUGAUUUCGAAAGAUCGAAGAUCGAAGGGAUGAAACAAGAGGCAGAAGAAGUCAGAAAAAGGCAAAUGCCAAUGGUUGAAACAAACGGAACGUCUACAACGAACAUCGUAUCUAAGACCGAUCGUGGAGUUCAAGUCUGGGCGGUAUGCAUGGCUUGUCAAAGAAAACUGGAAAGUUGCGAGAAACAACCACCCACCGUCAUCAUCACCAAAUCGGAAUUAGAAGUGUUGGAAAAAGAUAUGCAGACUCUUCGAGAUACUAUAAUCGCGCGAGAACAAGCAUGGGACAAGGCCAUGGAACGCGAGCACAAUUAUAGGCAACAACUGACGCGACUCACCACGGAAACAAUCACGGCUCGUCACCUUUCUGACACGCGCUACGAAGAGCUGAAAACUGCGACAAACGCGCUGCAGGAAAAAGAAUCAGAAUUUAAAUCGACUCAAAAGGAUAACGCAUAUCUACAGAAAUUGAUCGCAAAGAUUUACAAUAGCUAUCAAAGAGGGCAAGAAGGAUAUCAAAGAAGCAGUUUGACGGCUGAUAUUAAUGAGAAAGAUCAAAGAUUUAUCGAAGACAUUGCUCGACGAGCAUCGAGCGGAAAAGGCAAACAGAAACCAAAAUUGAAGAGUUCCUGUUCGGAAAGAACCGCACAUUCUACCGUUUAUCAAUACAGUCCUCGCGAUAAAAGUUCGAGAUCUGCUAAGGAUCAAGCAGGUUGUUUAAAAGAACCGAGGCGCUAAUAGUAACCCCUUCUUAACGAUAUCAGGAUCUUUUAUUGAAAAUAAGAAAAUAUGAAAUUUGUACAUGCCAAAAAUGCAAUUUUUAAGCUAAACUAA